AUGCCUCCAGGCCCUCUCUCCGGCAUCAACGAUGAAGCGCAUGGAAGUCAGAGGGUCGUGUCGGGAUCUAGCGGAGAUUUCGCUACUCGGGUUCCUACUCUGCACCAUGACAAUUCUGGAAAUAAGCGAAGAGGCCAACCGUUACCGCGAAAGAAGUCGAGCAAACGACGAAAGGAGGACCAUGUCAGAGAAGCCGAGAUAAAGGCCAUGAGCCAGUUUAUGCCAGCGCGUCCUACACCUGACACCUGGACAACGAGCCGCCCGACGAAGAAGGAGAGCAAGCGAAUUCGGACGGGCCUGAACAGAAGCUGGGAUGAGCCCUCUUCUGACAUGUCCCUGCCCAUGCCUGCUUCUAUUCAUUCAGCUAUGUCGUCUGAUUCAGAACAACUCUCUUGGAAGGUUUCGACUUUCGAAGCACUUGCGCCUCGUCCGACAUUGCGAUGUGCUUCAAAUCCCAUUUAUGGACCCAGCGCUAGUGCGGCGCUGACGCGAUCUCAGUCGACAAAACGGAAGCUCGCCGACAGGGGCGCUAUUCCUGAGGCUACACUUAGAGCUCACAAGAGAAUUGACGACUUGGCGGACGAUUUAGAUACGGCAGACCUGCGGGAGUUGAUGGAGCGAGAUAAACGAAGAAGGGAAAGAAAGAAGGAAAAGGAACGCGAGAGGUUAGAAAGGCGUCUCGCAAGAAAAGCGGAAAAGCAACGAGCAGAAGCAGCCGAGGCUCGUAAAAGUGGCACUCCGCCGCCACAAAACUUAGAGAGAGGCGUUUUGGGUCGUGAAAUGACCAGCGAAGGAUAUGACCCAGCUUCAGUAGUCAUCACGUCAUCAAGAAGGAGACAAUCGAAUGACUCGGCUCGGAGGGAAAGCAGAGAACGAGAAGAUUUAGAGAACCGCGAGGAGUCUCCGAAGCCGUUGGAUGAGUUCCAUCGGACGGACAGUAUCCCACUAGAGCCUUCUACUCCUGCCAGGGUUCCCAAAUCCGAGCACGUACCAGAAUCUAUUCCAGAGCAACCGCCGUCUUCGCGCUCUUCGAGUCCAAGGAUUCUGAAUUUCAUACGAUCGAGAACAUCGCGCUCAAAGUCGCCAAAGGAUUCUACCAAGGCGAGAAUUGAUGUCGAUUUGCCGUCACCUGCCCCGACUAAGCCCGAAUACGCGGAAUCAGGUGGAAAGGUAUCGGAUAGCGGCUCUUCGAGACCUUGGAGGUCGUUCUUCAGAUGGGGCAAGAACAGACGUAGUUCUGGCCCUUCAUCUUUCUCGAACACCUCGCGAGACUCGAUGCAGGGAGGCCCACCUCCGGCUCAUGCGAACUUCGUUCCACGAAAGAUCAACCCCAACGUGCCUAAGAGAACGAUGUCUCGCUUCCGGGAAGACCUCCCUGAAUUACCGCUCUCUCCACCGGACUCGCGCGUGGCAUCCCCAGAAGCCGAUCCCCUACCUACAGAGCCUCUUCCCGUGAUCCCCGACGACGUACAAAUGCGUUAUGAUACCCCUACCUCCGGCCAUCACGAAGCUAUGCGAGCGACCCCCAUCUCAUGGCACCGAGAUGAAGUGCAGGCUUCGCCGGCGCCACAGUCUAUGUCGCUUGCCUCGAUCGAUUCGGAAGCGUCUUGGCUUUCUGGUCGCUUUAACAGGAAGCGAGCCUCAUCAGGCAUGAGGAAUUCUCUUCAGCAAUACGCCCAACCCCCAUUCUCAGGUGAAUCUGAAGGACGCGCUUCGGAUGAUGGCAAUAUCGCCGAAGAUGAAUACAUGAACAGCGUCGUUCCUACUGAAUUACAUCGCAAGUCCACGGGCGAAGCUCGUCCCAGCAGUGACGAGGAAGAUGACGAACACGAAGCUAAGUGGGGCGCAGUCGGCCAGAUUCCCAUCGUGACACAUCAUAGGGACACAAUGCGAAGCCGAGAAGGUCUUCUUCAGUCAUUUGAUGAUGACGACGACAAAUAUCCCGAGAGAUAUAGUGAUGAUGAAGAGGAGGAUCAUAGUCCUGUUCUACCACAGAGGGCUACCAGCAUCAGCCUCGAUAAGGGUCAUGCUCGAAACUUUAGUGCAGGCAGCGCUAAGCUGCUUGAGAUCUCGCCCCGUGCCUCCGGUGAGAAUCGGAGAAGCAUGAUGGAACACGGCACUCAGUAA